GAAUUGUGUAUCAAAGUUGUUUAUACCAUAAAGUCUGAGAAAAAUCCUUAAAUUCUUUUUAACUGGUACAUUUCUGUGUUUUAGGGUUUGAUCAUUGAAGCAGAGGAUUUAAAGGGUAUAUUUUUGUUUUUGAGUUUAUUAUAGAGUGUAAAAAUGGAGGUAACAUUAGGCCAGGAUGGGCUGGCCAAGUCACUGAGUCGUCGGUCCAUGAGUAAGAGUGAAAGGAGGACGAGUUUUCGAUCAGUAAGUUCAAGGAGUUGGGCAUCAGCUAGUGUUAGAGAAGUGAUGUUUACUGCACCAGGAGGUGAUGUUUUUCAAAGAAGUACAAGGGAAAACGAUGACGAACAAGAGCUAAAAUGGGCUGCUAUUGAGAGACUUCCUACAUAUGAUAGGCUAAGGAAAGGGAUUUUGAGACAAACAUUGGAUGAUGGAAAGAUUAAUUAUCAUGAAGUUGAUGUUGUCCAUCUUGGAUUACAAGACAAGAAACAGAUUUUAGAAAAUAUUCUUGAAGUUGUUGAGGAAGAUAAUGAGAGGUUUCUUAGAAGACUCAGAGGCAGGACUGAUAGGGUUGGAAUUGAGACUCCGAAAGUUGAAGUUCGGUUUGAGCAUCUUUGUAUUGAUGGAGAUGCAUAUGUUGGAUCUAGAGCAUUGCCUACUCUAUGGAAUGCUUCAAUCAAUUUUGUAGAGGGGUUUCUUCAAAAGAUCAAUAUUGUCCCUUCAAAGAAAAGGGUUGUGAACAUACUGCAUGAUGUGAAUGGAAUCGUAAGACCCUCAAGGAUGACAUUACUUCUGGGGCCUCCUGGUUCUGGAAAAACUACAUUGCUAAAAGCACUUGCUGGGGUGCUAGACAAGGACCUAAGAGUGAACGGAAGAAUCAGUUACUGUGGUCAUGAGCUGUCAGAUUUCAUCCCUCAAAGGACAUGUGCAUAUAUUAGUCAGCAUGACAUUCAUCAUGGAGAGAUGACAGUUAGAGAGACGUUGGAUUUCGCAGGACGUUGUUUAGGAGUUGGGACAAGAUAUGAGCUCCUUACUGAAUUGUCAAGGCGCGAGAAGGAUGCAGGAAUAAAACCUGAUCCUGAAAUAGAUGCAUUUAUGAAAGCUACAGCUGUUGCAGGCCAAGAAUCUAGUCUGGUCACAGACUAUGUUCUUAAGAUACUUGGGAUGGAUAUAUGUGCUGAUAUAUUGGUCGGUGAUGAUAUGAGAAGGGGUAUCUCAGGUGGACAGAAGAAGCGGCUCACAACAGGAGAAAUGCUGGUUGGCCCUGCUAAAGUUUUCUACAUGGAUGAAAUAUCAACUGGCCUCGACAGUUCAACAACAUUUCAAAUUGUGAAAUACAUGAGGCAGAUGGUCCAUAUCAUGGAUGUAUCGAUGAUAAUCUCUCUGCUUCAACCUGCACCAGAAACCUAUGAUCUUUUCGAUGACAUUAUAUUGCUUUCUGAGGGAAAUAUUAUCUACCAAGGUCCACGUGAGAAUGUCCUGGAGUUUUUUGAGAGUGUUGGAUUCAAAUGCCCAGAAAGGAAAGGAGUUGCUGACUUUCUGCAAGAGGUUACUUCUCUAAAGGACCAAGAACAGUAUUGGUUCAGAAGAAAUGAACCUUACAAAUAUAUUUCAGUGGCUGAAUUUGCAGAACUCUUUAGCAAUUUUCAUGUUGGGCAACAGCUUUUUGAUGACCUUGGAGUUCCUUAUGACAAAAGCAAAACCCAUCCUGCUGCACUGGUUACGGAGAAGUAUGGUAUCUCCAACAUGGAACUCCUCAAGGCAUGCUUAUCAAGGGAAUGGUUAUUGAUGAAGCGGAAUUCCUUCCUAUACAUAUUUAAGACAUUCCAGAUCACUGUGAUGUCAAUAAUUGCCUUCACAGUAUUCUUUAGGACAGAGAUGAAAACUGGUCAGAUUGCAGAUGGAGGCAAAUUUUAUGGUGCCUUGUUUUUCAGCCUCGUCAAUAUAAUGUUUAAUGGUACAGCAGAGCUUGCACUUACCAUUUUCAGACUUCCUGUAUUCUUUAAACAGAGAGAUUCUUUGUUUUACCCAGCUUGGGCUUUCGCUCUUCCGAUUUGGCUUUUAAGGAUUCCCAUUUCGUUUAUCGAAUCACUGAUAUGGAUCACACUUACUUAUUACACCAUCGGGUUUGCUCCUGAUGUGACUAGGUUUUUGCGCCAAUUCUUGGUAUUUUUUGCUUUGCAUCAGUCGGCUCUAUCUCUAUUCCGUUUUGUUGCUGCACUUGGAAGGACACAAGUAGUUGCUAGCACCUUUGCAACUUUCACGAUACUGAUAGUCUUUGUGCUUGGUGGUUUCGUCGUUGCAAAAGAUGACCUGGAACCAUGGAUGAGAUGGGGCUGCUACAUAUCUCCUAUGACAUAUGGACAGAAUGCAAUUGCCAUCAAUGAGUUUCUGGACGAGAGAUGGAAUACUCCCAACAAUGACACAAGAUUUUCUGAGCCAACAAUCGGCAAGGUUCUUCUCAAGGCAAGGAGCAUGUAUACAGAAGAUAAUGUUUUCUGGCUCUGUGUUGUUGCCCUAUUUGCAUUCUCGUUUUUGUUCAACGUUUGCUUUAUCUUGGCACUGACAUACCUAAACCCAUUUGGAGAUUCUAGAUCAGUUAUUUCAGAUGAUGGCAAAAGUAAGAAGAAGAAGCGAACAGAAUGGAGUUCAGCAUCUUCAGUUCCAAUGACCGAAGGUAUAGUUAUGGACGUAAGGAACACUAACAACUCAAGUAUUGAAGAAGCCAAGAAAAGAGGAAUGGUGCUUCCUUUCCAGCCACUGUCCCUUGCAUUUAAUCAUAUCAAUUAUUAUGUUGAUAUGCCAGCUGAAAUGAAAGCCCAAGGAGUUGACGAGACUCGUCUCCAAUUGUUACGAGAUGUUAGUGGUGCUUUCAGGCCUGGAGUUCUUACGGCCUUAGUUGGUGUGAGUGGUGCUGGAAAGACCACGUUAAUGGAUGUCUUAGCAGGAAGGAAAACAGAAGGCUACAUUGAAGGAAGCAUCAACAUUUCUGGUUAUCCAAAGAAUCAAUCAACUUUUGCUCGUAUAAGUGGUUAUUGUGAACAGAAUGACAUUCAUUCUCCACAUGUUACUGUUUAUGAGUCAUUGGUAUACUCAGCUUGGUUGCGUCUCUCUCCAGAUGUAAAAGAGUAUACACGGAAGAAUUUUGUUGAGGAAAUAAUGGAUCUAGUCGAGUUGAAUCCACUGAGGGACUCCCUAGUAGGCCUUCCAGGGGUAGAUGGUCUCUCAACUGAACAGAGGAAGAGGCUGACUAUAGCUGUAGAGCUGGUAGCAAAUCCAUCUAUUAUUUUCAUGGAUGAACCAACAUCAGGGCUUGAUGCUAGAGCUGCAGCAAUUGUGAUGCGAACUGUGAGAAACACUGUGGAUACGGGGAGAACUGUUGUCUGCACUAUCCACCAGCCAAGCAUUGAUAUCUUCGAAGCAUUUGAUGAGCUGUUAUUGAUGAAAAGAGGAGGACAAGUCAUAUAUGCAGGGCCUCUUGGUCAUCAUUCUCACCUACUGAUCGAGUAUUUUCAAUCUAUUCCAGGGGUUCCUGAAAUCAAAGAGGGAUAUAAUCCUGCUACUUGGAUGCUGGACAUCUCGGCACCGGCUGUUGAGGCUCAACUUCAAGUAGACUUUGCUGACAUUUAUGCCAACUCUGAGUCGUAUAGGAGGAAUCAAGAACUUAUCAAAGAACUAAGCAUUCCUGCACCAGGAUCCAAAGAUCUUCACUUCCCCACGGAAUACUCCCAACCGUUUUUUGAACAGUGCAAGGCUUGCUUUUGGAAACAACACUUGUCCUAUUGGAGGCAUCCACAGUAUAAUGCCAUUCGGUUUGCUAUGACAACAAUGGUAGGAGUAAUAUUUGGAGUCAUUUUUUGGAAUAAGGGGAAGCAACUGUCCAAACUACAGGACCUGUUUAAUAUAGUUGGAGCUAUGUAUGCUGCUGUCAUGUUCCUAGGUGGAACUAAUACUUCAGCCGUACAGUCUAUUGUUGCUGUAGAAAGGACUGUCUUUUAUCGGGAAAAAGCAGCAGGAAUGUAUUCCGCACUUCCUUAUGCAUUUGCUCAGGUUGCAAUAGAGACUAUCUAUAUUUCGAUUCAAACUUUUAUUUACAGCCUUAUUCUGUACGCGAUGAUUGGAUUCCACUGGACAGCUGGAAAGUUCUUGUUGUUCUACUUUUUUGUUUUCAUGUGCUUCGUCUACUUCACGAUGUAUGGAAUGAUGCUUGUUGCACUCACUCCAAACUACCACAUUGCUGCAAUCGUAAUGUCUUUCUUCCUCAGCUUUUGGAACUUGUUCUCUGGUUUCCUCAUUCCAAGAACACAAAUUCCUAUAUGGUGGAGGUGGUAUUAUUGGGCUUCUCCCGUGGCAUGGACAAUAUAUGGCCUUGUAACGUCUCAAAUAGGCGACAAGAACAACCCCAUUGAGAUUCCAGGAGGCGGCGAGUUAUCAAUAAAGUUAUAUCUGAAGGAUAGCUUUGGUUUUGAUUAUGACUUCCUGGGAGUUGUUGCUGCCAUGCAUGUUGUAUGGGCAAUUUUCUUCUGCUUUGUUUUUGCUUAUGCCAUCAAGUUCUUGAAUUUCCAGAGGAGAUAAGUGAAACUUGAGUUAGAAUAGAAAAUUUAGCCUACACAGAAAAUAUGUAUAAGCUAAGCAAAUAGAAUUUUUUAAGAGAAUUAUAGCUACUAUUGACUAGCUGCAAGUUUCUGAAAUCCCAACAAUAUAUUUUGUGUUCUUA